AUGUUAGACACCCAAGACAAUGACUUUGAAGUUCCAAAAAAAGAAUCAAAACUACAGAAAUUAAUAAGGCAAAUUAGUAACAGACCUUAUAGGGAGAUUCAAAGUGAAAUUAGAAAGACAUUAAAAUAUGAUCUACCCAAAGGAUUGGUUGAGUAUCUCUGUCUAUAUGAUGAUGUAGAAUUUACUACUGAGAGAAUUAGUAAUAAAGAAUCCAUAAGUAACUUUACCUGGAACACUUUCAACCUUAUAGAUGACACUCCUAUUGAGAGAUGGGAGAGUGACAGUGUUAGCGAAAAUCUCCUGCUAAAUUUUACUGAUGAAAACGAAGGAAAUACAAUACUGUUUCCAACAGAGGACUUAGUCGAUUUACCUUGGUG